UCAGUGCUGAGGAAAGGACGGUUCCGUACACUGGUCGCUUGGCGGAUGCCGGCAGCCCUACUGGGACGGCACCCGCAGCUGGAUGUUCACCCGGGGCAAGACGCGCGCAGAAUCGGGAGCGGGGUCUGGAGGAUUCCCACAGCGAAGGGCUUGCCGUUGGUCUUGAGGCAUCCGCUUUGGGAUGGAUGGCUGACCCCCGACAGCUCCCCGAGGACGGCGAUGUCGCCGCUUUGGAUAGGAGUAGGACGAAGAUGAUUUGUUGUGGAGUCCGCUCACUUCCCUUUCUGGACGAGGGUGGGUGACAUUAGGCUGCUGUUGGUGGCUGAGCGUGAGAUGGGAUGCAAGAUGCGGAAGGCCGCAGCAGUUCGUCGGACGCAAGGAGACGGUCCCCGGACUGCUCAAACCGGGUAACUGCCCUAAUGGACACCGGUCUGACCACCGACGAGGUCCUUGAGGCCCGUAAGGUCCACGAUGUCCGCAAGGUGCAUGAGGUAAGUCUCCUGGAGAGGGGCCUAUUUGCCAACACGGUGGCUUUCCCAUGCAUGAGCCACCCUCUCCGCGGACUAGAUCGACGCCGGGAUGCCUGGAUCGGAUAGACAACCUGCAGGACAUAUGAUCACCAAGGAAAAGUGGAGAGCAUUGGAGAAGGGGGGGAAAAGGGGGGGCAGCCAGCCGAUCACCGGCGAAUGCUGACCUUGGCACGAACUUGAAAGGUGAAGUCUGACGGCCGAAAGCAGGACGAAGGGAGGUAGCAGAGAAGACAAAACGCACAAAUUCCUUCCAGCUCCUCUUACCCUGACCUGUCCUGGACACGCACCUGGCCAGAAUUGGCCGCUCAAGUUCAAGACCCACAGCAAACAUGCCUAGUCAACUCGGAAAGAGUCGGUGUGCCAUCUGAACCACACUAGGUCAACUUGAAUUGAAACAAUACUGCACUUCCCUCUUUCGUACUGUGUUAGCUAAGUGCUGAGUCCUGUGUGGGGGACCGGCCCUGUCUCGAUUGCACGCUGUCUAUCCGUUAGAUGUACUAGUGUACGGAUUACAUGCAUACAAGUAAGCAUACGUGGAGUGGUAGUGCAGUUCAUUCCCGCAAGGCUGAGGUUUGAAUCAAC